ACGAGUUUUCCUGAAAGUCAAAACAACCGUUGGCUGCGGUAACGGUAGCCUCCGUAGCUUCUCGGAAAUCCGUUUGAUGUAGCUGUUAACGGUUAUUUCUGCCCCCCCCUCGCGCCCCCGGCUAGUAGCGCCGACAGCGACCGUUGACUUGGCGGUUUAGCUUAGCUUGCAGUCCGGCAUAGCUUUACGGUGCUCACUCAGAAGGGGGAAAGAGAAGGAAAUAACCCUUGCGGUUUAUGAACAGCAGGUGCACGGGGAUACCACAGCACCUGCCGCUACAGGCUGAGUCACUGCUGGUGAGGAGGAAGGUCUGGAGAGGGAACGAGAGAGGAGGAGGAGGAGGUGGAGGAGGAGGGGGAGAAGAAGACGAAGAAGGGAGGGAGGCAGGGAGAUAAGCCACAACAGGAAGCAAAACGACACACACGCGGACACAUACACACUGUGUGUUUGUGUGUGUGUGUCUGAGAGGGAGACUGCACGAACAAGAGGGUGAACGGGAAAGGAAGGGAGGGAGAGUGACGCGGAGGCUGGGAGAGCCGGCCCCCCCUCCUCCUCUCCUCCUCUCCCUCUCUUUCUCUCCUCUCCUCCUCUCCUCCCCUCCUCCCUCUCCCUCUCCCUCUCUCUCUCUCUCUCUCUCUCUCUCUGGAGCAGGCGUGUAGCGGCAUCACACUCGGCGUGAAGAAACCAUGAGCGAUGUCACCAUCGUUAGAGAGGGAUGGCUCCAGAAACGGGGUGAAUACAUAAAGAACUGGCGGCCGCGUUACUUUCUACUGAAGACAGACGGCUCUUUCAUCGGCUACAAAGAGAAACCACAGGAUGCAGACCUGCCCUACCCCCUCAAUAACUUCUCUGUAGCAAAAUGUCAGCUGAUGAAGACGGAGAGGCCGAAGCCGAACACCUUCAUUAUACGCUGCCUCCAGUGGACCACUGUCAUCGAGAGGACCUUCCACGUGGACUCGCCAGAUGAGAGAGAUGAGUGGACAGAGGCCAUCCAGAUGGUGGCUGACAAGCUGCAGAGACAAGAGGAGGAAAGGAUCCAGUGCAGCCCCACCUCCAACAUCGACAACAUGGUCGAGGAAGAGAUGGACAUCUCCACCACACACCACAAACGCAAGACAAUGAGUGACUUUGACUACCUGAAGCUGCUGGGAAAGGGAACCUUCGGUAAAGUGAUCCUUGUACGAGAAAAGGCCAGCGGGAAAUACUACGCUAUGAAAAUCCUUAAAAAAGAAGUCAUCAUAGCCAAGGAUGAAGUGGCUCACACACUCACAGAGAGCAGAGUACUGAAAAAUACCAGGCACCCAUUUCUCACUUCGUUAAAAUAUUCAUUCCAGACUAAGGACCGCCUGUGUUUCGUCAUGGAGUAUGUGAAUGGAGGGGAGCUGUUUUUCCAUUUGUCCAGAGAGCGGGUGUUCUCAGAGGAGCGCACACGCUUCUACGGCGCCGAGAUCGUCUCGGCUCUCGACUACCUGCAUUCAGCCAAAAUUGUGUACCGGGACCUCAAGUUGGAAAACCUGAUGCUGGAUAAAGAUGGCCAUAUGAAGAUCACUGAUUUUGGCCUGUGCAAGGAGGGCAUCACCGACGCUGCUACCAUGAAGACCUUCUGUGGGACACCAGAGUACCUCGCGCCUGAGGUCCUGGAAGACAACGAUUAUGGUCGGGCGGUGGACUGGUGGGGUUUGGGUGUGGUGACGUACGAGAUGAUGUGUGGCCGGCUGCCGUUCUACAACCAGGACCACGAGAAGCUGUUUGAGCUCAUCCUCAUGGAGGACAUCAAGUUCCCACGCACACUGUCGGCCGACGCAAAGUCCCUGCUAUCUGGCCUGCUCAUCAAAGACCCCAACAAAAGGCUUGGUGGAGGACCAGAUGAUGCUAAAGAAAUAAUGAGACACAGUUUCUUCUCUGGUAUUGACUGGCAGGAUGUCUAUGAUAAAAAGCUGGUCCCUCCCUUCAAGCCUCAGGUGACGUCAGAGACGGACACCAGAUACUUUGAUGAGGAGUUCACAGCCCAGACCAUCACGAUCACUCCACCAGAGAAAUUUGACGAGGACGGGAUGGACUGUCUGGACAACGAGAGAAGACCGCACUUCCCACAGUUUUCCUACUCUGCCAGUGGGCGGGAAUGAACUGUCCAUCACGGUGACAUCACCACAGCUGGUCUCUGAGGUCAUCAAUGCGGGACAAAAAGACCCACAGCUCUGGACCAGCCCAGAACGACCAUGACUUGAAGGAUUUUGCCCUUCUCCUCCUCUCCUCUCUUCCUCCUCCUCUCCUUUUCACCUCUCUGCUUCUCUGAUUUUUUCAUUUUACUUUUGUGAAUCCCUUUUUAGAGAGAACUUCCAGGCAAAAUUACUUCCCUAAGGUGAUCCGACCUGUGAUGUGAUCAGUUUCUGUGUCAUGUCCCUUUAAAGACGGGAGCAUCACCAGUGGCCUGCUGUGCUUUGACGCGUGUCGAUCCUGCCAAACUCUUAAAAAGAAACACUUCUGGUCAAGUUAGGCAACAGCUGACGCAUUUUAGACGUGACGUUUUGUGGCUUCUCACCUGUUAAAUGGAGAUGCAGCAUUUUAGGUGAUUCAAACCCAAACUGCCGUUACCGGUUGUAUCUCAGGCUUUUACAAACAGACAGAUGCUCAGACUCAGAGACGCUCUGGUCUGAUUUCAAAUCCUCACUUAAGAAAUUCUGGGACUGAUUGAGGCUGCCUGGCAUUCAGCAGAAUCCUACACACCUCAUGUUGUGAAGCAGGAUUUGACUCAGGUUUGCUCAGUGCAAUUCAUUAUUAUUGUUGCUGCUAUUUCAACUACUACCACUACUACAGGUAUUACUACUCCCACUACUGCUACUAUACUACUACUACUGCUACUUAAACCCGGUGCUACACUACUAGCUUAAUGCUGCAGAUCAUUAUACAGGCGCCAGCAGCACAUCAGCUACCUGUUUUAACAUCUAUGCUUGUACAGCUGCAGAACAGGUGUUGCUGCUACUCCUAAUGUACUGCUAAUACACAUCAACUCUGUAGAUUAUGAUAGGAUGUCGUAUGUGUGUGUGUCUCUAUCUAAGGUACUUUUAUGAGUUUGUGUCCAAGAAGGCACCUCAAAGCACAGCAGUUCAGUAUGAUGAAGCGUCCACCACAUGAGCUUUACUACGUUACCCACAAUGCAGUGCAUGGUGGUAGCUGUAGCCAUCACCAACGAGGUGAAAACGAGAGGAAAACGGUGGGUUUGGAUGUUCCCCACAAAGUUUUUCUUUAAUUUAUUUAUUUUCCCCAGUUACAAGCCCCCCUGAGUUGAAAUUUUUUCUGUCCCGAAAGGGAAAAGGAUACUGAAACGGUACUUUGUGUCGAUGACGGAAAGCUUUACUGUGACAUAUUGUUUGUCAUGGCUUUGGGAACCACACGGCUGUACUUCUCUAUCUCUUUGUGCAGGAAAGGGAAACUGCAGCAGGAACAGAUUCACCACAGAGUGAAAAGAGAAGUCCAGGAUGAGAGAAAGAGAGAGCGCAGGUGAAAGAAUGAGACGAUAUGAAAUAUUUAUAAUGUGGUCAUUUAUGACGUAUUGAUGGAUGAGGUGACAGCCGAUUUACUGUUUCCUGUGAGAUUUGUAUGAAGGGUUUGUUUUGUUUUGUUUUUUAAGACAAGACUGUGAGGAGGUACGCAUCAACGGUUAAGGGUUUACACCAAUCGCAGCAAUGGGUAUAAUAUAUGUGUUCUAUUUAUUGUUCUACUCAUCGGUUUUAUAUUUAACUUUUUCUAUUGUUAUUACAUUAUUCUAGAAAAGAAAUAUUUCUUAGGGCUGAGAGGAAAAAAAGGCACCUCAAGAAACAAAAAAUGGCUGAAGAAUGUAGGAGGGAAAGCAGAUAGCCUUCCUGCUCCAUUGUUUAUUUUAAUGAUGUUUUUUGUGUUUGUUUUGUGACCAAAAUGUGACAGCCGAGAGGUGACAGGACACGUCGAAGACAGAUGAGAGUUCACUGUGAGCUUAAAGCAGAUUUUGGGACAAUCUUUCUCCAAAUAAUCCCAAAGCUGUUUACCUGAUUGGAUAACGACACAAAUGUCCCACAUCUCGACAGGUGAGCGCUGCUGAAAGGCCGAGGCAGAGGUCAGGCAGAAAGAUGAAGUGGAAGUUGAGCAGAAAGAAAACAAGCGCAGAAAGUCUGAAUGCAAAGUGGUAAGGAUGAGAAAGAUUCAGUGCUGAAACGUUAGUGCUCCUGUUUACUGUAAGUGUGUCGAGACAGAGUGGAGGAGAAAGUCGUAAAAAAAAAGGAGGCUUAAUAUGAGUUUUUAAGGUCAGUCUGUGUUUUCCUGUCAGUUCUUUCGGAUCACCAAACCAUCUCUGCUCCUCUCCUCUGUCUUCAACGAGUGCUUGUCACGUCUCCGGUCUGGACUUUGUCUGUCUGAGUCUUCAUGUCUUCCAGUCUGACCAACAAGAUUUGAAAUCCCCUCAAUUUCACUGUCCUCAAACGCCAGUAAGCCUUAUGGUUUAGCUCAGAGAAAACUCUGACAUCCAGCACUUCAGAGUAAAGAAACAAACAAAGAAAAAAA